AUGCGACCUGAACAGCUCUCGUACCACAUCAAAUACUCCUAUAUCCUGUCCGUCCGCAGCUACGACCCCUUUGAGCUACAGAAGCUGCAGGCUCUGCUGAAAAGCGGCUCCGCGGUUGCUGAGCUGGCGGCAGCUGGAGAGAAGCUGCUGGCAGACCAGGCGGCGGCGGGCGUCGGGGCCGCAGCCACCAAAGCUCACCUGCAGGAGGUGUUUCAGUAUGCGCUCUGGGGCAACAAGACCGACCUCUCCAUGCUGGUGGACGCAUCGAAGCUCGACGUCAAUGCGUCAGUCAAGAGCGCGGCCCAGGGCGCGGGCGCGGCGGGCGCCCUGAUCCUUGACCAGUUUGAGGACGUGUGGGCGGGGCUGGAGUCCAAGGCUGCGGGCGGCCGCGUCGACGUCAUCCUGGACAACGCCGGACUGGAGCUGUACACGGACCUGCUGCUCGCGGACUUCCUCAUAGAGUCCGGACUGGCAGACCAGGUGCAUCUUCACGGGAAGCUGCUGCCCUGGUUUGUGUCUGAUACCAUGGAGAAGGACCUCGAAAUCGUGCUGGCCGCGCUCGAGGGCGCCGCGCCGCCGGAAGGCAUGCAGGCGCGCCGGCUAGAUCUCUUCCUCGCCUCCUCGCGCCGUCCCGCUCCGCCCCUUUCGGCGGCCCAGGUGCAGCAGCAGCAGUGGGGCCCGGUGCAGCGGCUGGCGCAGCGGUGGCGCGGGCACCUGGCUGCGGGGCGGUGGGUCUACAAGGACCACGCGUUCUGGACGACACCCUUCCCUUUUUGGUGGAUGCAGCAGGUGUCGCCCGACUUGUAUGCUGACCUGGCGGCCUCCAAGCUGCUGAUUUUCAAGGGGGACCUAAACUACAGGCAAGCGCACAUGCCCACCCCUGCGAAUGCAUCGCUGCACGACGCGGGGGCCUGCGUAACCGGGGUCAGCCCGUCGUUGAAGCUGGCCUUUGACUGCCGCUGGCCGCUCGACGCGCCCUUCACGGACGCUCUCGGCCCCUUCCGCCCCGCGCCGCUGGUCACGCUGCGCACGCUCAAGGCGGACGUGAUGGCCGGCCUGGCGCCGGGGCAGGGCGCGGCCCUCGACAAGGUCGACUCGCAGUGGCAGGUCAACGGCAAGUUUGGUGUGGUGCAAUACGCGCCCUGA